GAUUCUCGUCAGUAUUAGUUAUGCCUACGGGGUGUUGUACAACACUAAGCGUUGCGUAGACUGAAAUGUCGAAAGAAAGUGAACGAAACGGUCGGUCAUCAGUGUUCGAGACACCGUCGGCGAAACCUGUACUAUUGACUACGUCCAACGCUUUAUUUCGUAACCCUUAUUUAGAAGGCACUAAAGAUGUUUUCUUAGUUUUAAAAAAUAAAAGUGAAUUACAAAACUAUAAUUAAAAUGGAUUUAUUGAGUGAAGCAAGUAGCGGUCCGAGAGUUUUGGCAGCUCGUCAUAUAAGUGCUGAGACAUCAUUGCCAGAAGUAAACAAUGGGAUUAAUACAACAUUAUUGUGCCAUAGUUAUACCCUUCAGCCUGAUUUCAUCUCAUAUUUGUCAGUUUUGAAAACAAAUGCAUGGAUUAUAAUAUGGUCCUGUGGAUUUGUAGUAGUGCUGACAUUAUGUCUUAUUUAUGUCCUAACAUUGCGGUCUGCGCUACGCUACUGGAAGGACUCAGGCAUAAGUGUAGCUAUUGUUCUGGCUGUUUAUCCAGUGGUUGCAGCAGCGGCAUUACUUACUACUAUUUUGCCUCGAGUUCGAAUCCUGACUGAGGCUAUAGCUCAGGAGGCUGUAAUGGUUGCUAUGUAUCAUUUUUAUCUCAUGCUCAUAGCCGAGUGUGGCGGUGUAAAUCAGAUGAUCAGACGUUCGGAAGGGUCCCAGAUGGAGACCAGGGUGUUACCAUGCUGUUGCUGGCCUUGUUGCAUUUUGCCAAGGCCACGAGUUCAAAAAAAGAGUUUAGCUUGGUUGCGUUAUCUGGUGCUACAGAUGCCUGUAAUCCAAGCUAUCUUGUACAUUAUCAUUUUAAUUCUUUGGACUGAAGAUAUGAUGUUAUACUUAAAUAGUUUCGUCUAUCUUCAACCGUUCAUAGCCGCAUCAAUAUUAUCGGGAGUAUGGGGUGUUAUAAUGAGUGUAAAAGCAGCUGAGGCUACCGGAGCUACCCCCAAGCUUAGGUUUCUAGCGUUACAGCUAGUACUUUUGAUUGUUAAGCUGCAAUGUGGCUUUGCGAAAGUUAUGCCGGAAUUGUUUAAUAUUCCUUGCGUAAUGGCUCUGCAUCCUUCGGUAUUUAUAAAUAUGAUGCAAAACAUCAUAAUGAUUAUUGAAAUGUUGUUCUUGUCCAUAUGGGCGUGGCGAUUGUACCGGGUACCACCAGAAAAGAUGAUGGACAAAGUACAGCAUAUAGUGAUAGCCGUUUUAGAAGACAGUCUAUCCAGUAAUGAGAAAUCAAAAGAAGCCGAGCAGAGUAGUUAUAACAUAAAUAUUAAACAUGAUGAUUAAGAGGUCAAUCACUAAGGAGUAGUAAUUAUUUUCUAAGUGUUUAAAUUUUCAAUAAAACAUCUUUUAAACAAUCUAAUAAUUAGAAGCUCGAUUGAUAUUGUUUUGUGGACGUGUUCAGUUUGAUUUUAUUUUGUGCAAUUAUGUUUAUGGUUUUAAGCUUUCUGUGAAAGAUAUUAGAUAAAAUUACGUACCUGAGUAUAUUUUUAUGUUUAUAUUUGGUAAAUAAAAUUUUAUGUCUUAUAAUAA